ACAAGCAGAGCUUGGAUUGUGGCAACAAGUAUUGGAGUUGUAGAGGCUUUGAAAGAUCAAGGCGUUUGUAGAUGGAAUUCUGCUUUGAGAUCAAUUCAACAUCAUGCAAAGAGCAAUAUCAGAUCUUAUUCACAAGCCCAGAAAAUCCCAAGUUCUCAUUAUUCAUCUGCAGUGGCUAAGAAGUUGAAAGAUGAGAAAUUGAAGCAAUCUGAGGAGUCUCUUAGAACAGUCAUGUAUUUGAGCUGUUGGGGUCCCAAUAAUUGAGUCCCCCUUUUUUUUGUAAUAUAUUUUUGGAUAUAUUAGUAAAAUAGAUGGUAUUGAUCAUA